GAGAAAAAUUAGUAUUUUCUACCUUCAGAAAUUAAUGGCCAUGAGUUCGUAUAUGGUGAACUCUAAGUAUGUGGAUCCCAAAUUUCCUCCCUGUGAGGAAUAUUCACAAAAUAGCUACAUACCUGAACAGGGCUCGGACUUCUACAGUCCAUCGCAGGACACAGACUUUCAGCAUCCAGGGAUCUACCCACGGUCAAACUACACGGAGCAAACCUUCAACUGCAAUACUGUGCCGCACUCCACAGUGCAGCCACGGGGUCAUGUGCACGAGAGAUCCAGCCAUUCGACCCAUUUUAACGCACAGACUGAGCAAGGGCCCACGGUCCAAGUAGCCGGACCUCGGACUUGUGGACAACAGCAAAACACGAAGAGCCAAAAUGGGAUACAAGUCAAGCAGCCUGCUGUAGUUUACCCCUGGAUGAAGAAAGUUCACGUAACUACUGUGAACCCUGACUACACAGGAUCAGAGCCCAAACGGUCCAGAACAGCGUAUACCCGCCAGCAGGUUUUGGAGCUUGAGAAGGAGUUUCAUUUUAACAGGUAUCUGACCAGGCGGCGGAGGAUUGAGAUUGCCCACACUCUUUGUCUGUCCGAAAGGCAGAUCAAAAUCUGGUUUCAGAACAGGCGGAUGAAAUGGAAGAAAGAUCACAAACUACCAAACACCAAGGGCAGAUCUGCACCAGCCUCCAGUCAUCUGCAAAACAUUCAGAAGGAUAACCAGACUGAUAUCACAGCGUUAUAAGGGUGGAGUUGCUUUGCAUUAGAAAUUACUACAUGUACAUAAAAAGGACUGAAAAGAAAAAGGAUUGCAUCUCACUUUUGCAUGGACUGAUGUCGUUUUUAGACUUUAUUUUUUAAAUUAUUAUUUAACAAAAAUGACCCCAACAGUGUUGAUUCAGGACUGAGUCAGAAAAUCAACCACGCAUAACUGAGAGGUUUGUACGUUUGUGUUUUUCUUUCCUCACAGAGGCAAAAUAAUCAUGGACACUUUUUUAUUCGUUUUCUUCGACAUUCAUUAAGGCCCUUGGGCGAUUUCAGACCACGUCUUUGCAUGUGGCUAUUUUAAAUUUAAUAUUUUUUUAUUAAAAAUUGAUAGGCCACUUGUUCAAAUUCCACAGAUGUUUUCAGAAUUAUUCUUCUGUUUAACGCACAAAAAGGUAGCCUACUUGAAGGAAGCAUUAUUUCCAGCACGCUACACAGUCCUCGCGCUUCUUUCGUAAUUAGCUAAAGAUCACGCUGAAUGCUUCAGCUUCAUGUUGUUUUUUUUUCUUUUUGUUUGUUUGUUUUUUCCCUGUGGGUUGUAUGUUUUAACUUAUUUUGUAAAAAAGAAAAAAAAAAAGAAAAAAAAAGCUUUGCAAAUUUUUGUUAUUCUAAAUAUUAUUCCCACACAUAAGACAUUCCUGCGCGCAUACUAUUCCGAGUGCCCUUAUAAAUCUCUCCUGACAUCUUUGUAAACAGUGUACAUUUUCAGAGGCUCUCUCGUGCUAUUUGAAACUCACAUAUGAACGAUCAUUUGUUUCUGCAUGGCAUCAAAUUGAUUCUGGAUGUUUCUAAUUGGGCAUCACUAACUCCACAAUGUUUAGGAAUAAUUAUUGUUUUUAUGUUUGUAUUUUUCUUGGUGCGAUUUUAUAUUAUUUAUUUCUUCCAAAAACGUGUACAUUUUCGUAUAGCACACAAUUUAAUUGAAAAAGUAUUCGUUAAACCUUUAUUAUUCCUGUAAUAUGUUUGAAUUUUUGUACAUUAUUAGCAUGGCUUUAUUCAAAGUUUUAGUCUUAGUUAAUUUUUUCGUUUGCGCCAAGCUGAAGGACAGAGAGGGCGGCUUUCAGGUCACGUUUCAAGACAGAUAUUCCUUGUUUUAUACCGUCAUUGUCUUUGGACAAAAAGCCCAGAAGCUCUCCCGGUAUGAGGAGGUCUCUUCUCUGAAGUCUUCUUGAUGAGAGAGCUUUUAAAGGUAUUUCAACCGAAGGUCGACAAAAGCAGCAGUGGCAGGUUCAUCCAGGGGACACAUUUCAGCCGCGAGGACUGACCCCAACACCCCUGACCCGCCGGACAAGCUGCAUUUUCUCUCCCAGGCGCUAUUCGCUUUGGUUUGGAGGGCUGUUCCAUUCUUUUUUUUUUUCUUUUCUUUUUUUCCAACAGAAAAGAAGCUAAAACUUAUUCAGAGUAAAGGCCAGUGAAUUCCACAGUUUUACAUGUGUUUGAAUUGUAUUUAUAUCAGGGAAAGCCCCCAACGAGGUUCUGAUUUGUGCAUUUGUCUCCUCAUGUCAAUAUGCAAUCUUUGUUGUUAUUUUUGUACAUGCUUUUUUUUUUAUCUUGUAAGGUGCAUUGAGAUGUGAGAAGUAUAUUGG